AUGACUUUUGUGAUCUUCUGGCGAAGGGACUGCUUGAUCUCCACCUCCAGCCGCUACCACCUGAUGGCGAUGUCCCUGGCCGACACUGUGGUUCUCAUUCUUAUUGUUCUCAUUGAGAUGAUCCUGAAAUGCUACAGCACAGAGCCGUUCUGGUACUGGGACCCCUGGUGCACCCUCCGGGAUGUCUUCAAUUACGGUGCGGUCAAUGCCUCCGUCUGGUUGGUGGUCUCCUUCACCAUCGAGCGCUUCGUGACUAUCAACACCUUCAAGCUGAAGGCAAGGCUGUGCUCCCCGAGACGCACGCUCUACACGAUCGCCUUGGUUCACAUCUGCAGCUACAUAGUGGCUAUCCCGUACUAUUGGUCCAACAGAUCAGAAAGGGUGAAUGGGACGGGGCAGGCGGUCUGCAAGUAUAAUCCUGACCUUCCCAACUCUUACAUCGAAGGGCUGGUUUGGUUUCAGGCCUCACUGGUCAACAUUGUCCCUUAUAUCAUCAUCUUCACCUUGAACAGCCUGACCCUCAGGCAGCUCAUCCUCAGCAACAAAGUGCACUGUGUGAUGGCCGGAGGGCUCCACCGAGUGAACUCUGGGACCCAAUUCAGGUACCAGAAGAAGAAAUCCAUCCGCCUCCUUGUGACUGUCUCGAUGAUGUUCGCUUAUCUGGGCGCCACCAGGUUCGUCACUCAGAUUAUUCUCCGGACCUGCCAUUACGACAUAGAUAGACAGGAUUACUCCAAGGCCAUUAACAUUGCGGUGGACCUUGGCACUAUGCUGGAACUGAUCAACUCAGCUGUGAACAUGUAUCUCUAUGCUUGCACCCAGACUGCCUUCCGCAGGGAGCUAGUCCAUUGCCUCAAGGCUCUCCUCUUUCCCUGCAAAGCACAGAGAAUGCACCCAUCAGCCAUCUUCCAGGUAUAA